AUGCAGUUGAACAAAUCAAUACCAUCAAUAACAAAUAUAUCAAAAUUGAUGACAGCAUCAAGCAAACCAUCAUCUAUGAUAAUUUCAAAUUUCAAUGAUAAACAAUUGGAUAUAUCAUAUGACCAAUUUUUAGAUAACAAUAAUAAUAAGAAUAUUAUUUGUAAUCAAGAUUGUAUACCAUUUUGUCAAUGUAUUCAACAAAACACUUUACCAAUAACAUCUGCUGAUCAAAAUCAUCAACAUCCAAUAGUGAAAGCAAUUGAUCAACAACCAGUAAUAUCAGAAGGAUUAUUACAUCAACAAUUAGCAUUAAACAAUAAAAAUGAUAAUAUGCUAAAUCAUACGCAAGCAUUUUGCGCUUCAUUUUGUAUGCAAUCUUGUCAUGAUCAAUGCAUUCAUCAAGCAGCAUUAUUGUCUGGUAAUGUUGUUUAUUCCACUUCAUUACCUAUGUAUCCUUAUUCACUAUCACCACUUGUUCAGUCACAACAAUCAACAACAUUUAUUGAUCAGCAAGCUGAACAACAAUAUUUAACAAAAAUGGAACAAAUUUCAGCUAAUGAAGAAAAUGAAAUACAACACUUUUCUGUUUGUCUUUAUUUAUGUCAAAAUAAUUGUAUGCAACAAUGCAUGCAGCAAAAUGGCUCACUUGAACGAUGCAGUAUAUCAUGCCAUCAUUCAUGUGAUAACAAUCGUGCAUGUGAUGAAUCACAACAACAACAACUGCUUAUUAUCAUCACAACAACAACAUCAACCGCAACAGUAUGA